CAAGCCAGCCGGUCCCUCCUCCUCGGCGGGAUCUCCGGCGCGUUGGCCGCGCCGAGUCUGGGAAACGUGCUGAGUGGGUGCUUUGGGAACGGAAGGUCACGUGAAUUAUCGGGUUCUGUCAGGGAGGCGAAAGCUGCCGACAGGAGUGGGGUUUCAAUCCCCGGGAAGCGCGCUGGAGCUGCAUCCCGCAGUGCGCGAAGAUAAUGAAUUCUAAGAAGAAAAUGGAUUACCUAGUAGUUGUUUGCUAAGCGUUUGGACUCAGCAGGGUACAGAUUCGUUGCAGAGGCAGAAAAUGGCAACUCCUUAUGUCCCAGUUCCUAUGCCCAUAGGAAACUCCGCUUCUAGUUUUACAGCCAACAGAAAUCAAAGAAGUUCUUCUUUUAGCAGCGUCUCAACAAGCUCAAACUCCUCCAAAGGCCAGUUAGAAGAUUCAAAUAUGGGUAAUUAUAAACAGACAAGUGUUCCUGAUCAGCUGGACAGAACUUCAUCUAUCUGUAGCAGUCCUCUCAUUAGAACUAAGUUUACAGGUACAGAUUCAUCCAUUGAGUAUUCUACUAGACCAAGAGAAACUGAAGAACAAACUCCUGAAACAGUGAAUUUGGAGGAUAGACCAUCUACGCCUACUAUUUUGGGUUAUGAGGUGAUGGAAGAAAGAGCAAAAUUUACUGUAUAUAAAAUACUAGUAAAGAAAACCCCAGAAGAAAGUUGGGUAGUUUUCAGAAGAUACACUGACUUCUCUAGGCUUAAUGACAAAUUGAAAGAGAUGUUUCCAGGCUUUCGAUUAGCACUUCCACCAAAACGCUGGUUUAAAAAUAACUACAAUGCUGAUUUCUUAGAAGAUAGACAAUUAGGAUUACAAGCAUUUCUUCAAAAUUUAGUUGCUCACAAGGACAUUGCUAACUGCCUUGCAGUGAGAGAAUUUCUUUGUCUGGAUGAUCCACCAGGUCCAUUUGACAGCCUCGAAGAAAGCAGGGCUUUCUGUGAAACCUUAGAAGAGACAAACUACCAUUUACAGAGAGAACUACUUGAAAAACAAAAAGAGGUGGAAUCCCUGAAGAAACUGCUUAGUGAGAAGCAACUUCACAUAGACACGUUAGAGAACAGAAUCAGAACAUUGUCUCUAGAACCGGAAGAAUCAUUUUACGUGUCUGAAACAAAAAAUGGACAGAUCCUAAGGGUGGAGUCCUCUGCACUUACGAGUGACCGAGAUGUCUUAGAUGAAGAAUCUAGAGCUGAUAAUAAGCCACACUUUAGCUCUAGUGACCCUGAAAAUGCUGUAUCAGAAAUAGAAGUGGCGGAAGUGGCAUAUGGUGCUGAAGAAGACUAAUACAGCGCAAGCACUUCCUUCCCUUUCAAUGCAUUACCAAGUUUAGAAUGGAGUGGCAAAUGCCAUUUAAAAAGAAAAUACCGAAACGGUUACAAAAAGAACAAGAAAUUAAAUGUAUAAAGUUUACAUAAAAUUUUUUUAAGUUAUUAGAGUCAUAAAUGUAUUCACUGCUGCUUUGUCUUUUUCCAGCCUUGUAUUUAAUGCACUGAAAAAAAAUCUAGUGAGAAUUCUAUUACCAGUGCCCAUGUUCUUCAGCACUGUGCGUAAAUCAUUACGGUGUUCGCCUAUCAUGUUGCUCCGAACAAGUCUGUGUGCCUGUGUGUUCGCACCUGCUUUAAACUGCAGCUAUAUUAGUCAAAUGGAAAUUAACUGCAUGUUACUAUCUGCGUGAUAAUUCUUUGUAUCUCUGACGUGACAUAUUUUCAUUAAUAGUUUAAAUCAGUGAACAUCGUAUUAAAAGUAUAGGUGAAAUGAGUAUUAAAUGUUGACAUGUUUAUCAUCUCUAAAUAAAAUUAACUUAUUGAAAUGUUAAUAUAUAAAAGAAUAAGAUGAUUUUUACUACCAAAGGAAAACUGUUUUAAAGAGCUGUCUCCAUUCAGCUAAAGUGGCAAAAUAGCCGUGAUUUUAAAUUCCAAAUCAUAAUAGCAAGAUACUGUAAGUAUCCUAGUUUAUUAAAGCUAUAGCCAAGUAUUUUCUACAUUUUAGAUUUCUACCUGUAGAUUCAGUGAGUUUGCCUCUUUCAGAAUACUACCUCUUUUUGCUAAUCAAGGCAUAUUCUUUUGAAAAUAUAGAUUCUAAGGAAGUAAGUAGUUAAAAAAAGAAACCACAAUAAAAAGCCAUAUGCACUACAAAAUUCCUAACUAGUUUGACACUUGGCAUUGCAUUUUUAUUUCUGUACAUAUGAAGACGUUGUUAUAUGUGGUAUGGCUGAUUUUCUUUUUAAUAUAUUUAGCCAAGUGAUGCACUUUAUAAUUAAACUAUUUUGUGCCAAGUUUAAUUAGUGAAUUUCUUUAGUAAGGGUAGUGAACUGGAAAAAUUAUGUAGUGCCUUUACUGUUUCACUUUUUACAAACGUCUCUUAGGGUGUGAGUCAACUUCACAAAAAAUGUUUAUGCUUGUUUCAACUCUGUGUAUAUUUAUCAAAAGUGCCUUGUUUCAUUUUUAUAGUAUGAAGUUAUUUGUUGAUUCUCUAUUUCUACUGUUUUGCAUAUUGCUGUUAAUAUGUAUUGCAGUACUAGCAUUUUGAAAUCCCAGCUGGUGUACUGAAUUACAUAAGCUUUAUAAAACCUGAGAGAACCUUACUGGGAAAAUAGAAUAACAAUCUCUGGUUUUUUUCCUUUAUUAUCUAAAAGUUUACCAGUAUCUUACCGUGCAUAUUAAGUUAUGGUUGUUUAAAAUUCUACUGAAAUAAAUCAACACAUCCAGUAGCUGUUGUUAACCUUUGUUCUUAAAAGGAAACUAUACCAAAGUACCCAAAUUUUAAGUCUGUGUCAGAAUACACAAGUAUUCUGGCUAGGAACAUUUUCACAAAGUGUAUUAGAAAUGUGUUUAUUAUUUUUAGAGGCAGAAAUAAAUAUAAUAAACUAAUGUGCAUGUUCGUUUUUAAGUUAUUAUUCUAGACUUUUCAAAAAGCUUAUGAUGAACAGUCACUUAAAUGAACUCUAAUUGACGUUAUUUUUUUUUUUUGUACCCGGAGUCAAACUCAUGACCUCAGGCUCGCCAGGCAAGCACUUAUGCUUCUGAGCCAUAUCCCCAGCCCUCUAAUUGAUGUUAAUAAUAAAACAAGAUGAUUUUUGCCAAGUUUCAGAUCUUAUAGUGCUUCAUGUCUGUCUUAAAGGGAACCACGUACUUUAAAAUCAGAGUUUUAAAUUAAAGAUUGUAUUUAAAGUUUUGAAAGGAGGGAAAAAAACUAUUAGGUAAACCACUAUUAUUUAUAUUUAGGAUUUACUUUUUUACUUUUAUAAUGCAUUUUAUUCCCAGUAUUAUAUUCAUUUAAUAAAUUAUUUUUUCAUUACAACAGUAGCUGUGUUUUCCAAUGUUGAAUAGCAUUUUUCCUCUACUUUGUGUUCUCCUUAUCUCUACAAUUGUUGUAAAUUAUAUUUAAAGGCUAUUUAUCACAGAUGUGGAAUGAGUCUGUGAUUUUCUAAGUUUCUUUUUAUUUCAUUGGUCAUCUUUCAAAAGCAUUUGUGAGUAGGUGCAGUGCACUUCAAAUGCAACCAAUAUUAAUAAAAAAUUGUAACUGAAUCAAA